ACUAGCUCUUAUUGUUUAUACAUAAACAUUGCAGGUUAAUAUUUAUACAUAUACUCCAUUCCUAGCAUUAAUGUUGUAUGCUUUCACUUCUAUAGAUCAAGUCACCAUCAUACAUAGUCUCCUCUUGGCCGGGAAGCUAUGUCGGCUUGGAUAACGAAGGAGACAGGGCAUUUGCAACCGGAAGAAGAAGAAGAAGAAACAAGUACUACUACGACAGCCCCAUAUCAUAACAACUCUUAUACCAACUGGAAGGCCAGUACAAGCGAGAUCGAGGAAGAGAAUUCGAGUUAUGAGUUGUUCGAGAUAAGCCAUGAUGGUGUGCCUAUGGAAACCAUCCAAGAAGAGCAAUUCGAAGGAAUAAGCAUGUUUUCAUUGGAUGUCCAUAGCCGAGGAGGAGGGGAAGAUUGCGUUUAUGUUGCAGUAGGGAAGAGUGAGUCAAGCAUGGAUGCAGUCUCUUGGACGUUAAAGAAUCUUGUUAAUAAUGACUCCACCGUCGUUUAUCUCAUUCAUAUCUACCCUGAGAUACAUCACAUACCUUCUCCAUUGGGUAAACUUCCAAAAAAUCAAGUGAGUCCUGAACAAGUGGAGAUCUACAUGGCCCAAGAAAGAGGCAAGAGAAGAGAACUCCUGCAGAAGUUCAUUCGUAUCUGUUCAGCAUCCAAGGUCAAGGUAGACACUAUGCUUAUUGAGAGUGACAAUGUUGCAAAGGCUAUCAUGGACCUAAUUCCCAUUCUCAAUAUCAAGAAGCUAGUGCUUGGAACCACAAAAUCAGGACUAAGGAGACUGAGGGCCAGGAAAGGAAGUGGGAUAGCAGAUCAGAUACUUCAGAAUGCAUCAGAAUUUUGUGAUAUUAAGGUCAUAUAUGACGGAAAGGAAGUGAUGGAACAAACAAUAGGAGGGAUCGGAUCACCCUCUCCAUCGCCUCGUGCUAAUGAUGGCAAUGGCAACUCUGUGCAGUUGCAAGAUGAACCCAACAACAAUGAUUCAUUUUCUUGUAUGUGUUUCAAGUCUCCUCGUGUCAUGUAAAGUAGAACCAUGUAACAUGAUAGACCUAAAUCAUAAUUCAUGAUGAACAUAUAAGCCAUUCACUAUACAGUUAAAUCUAUCCAAUAGUCAGUAACUCUAUGUUUGCAUAUA